AUGUCGUUGAACAACAAGCAAGCGGAGACUCAGGCAGUCGUCGCGAAGCUGGAUGCAGGAGUCGGUGGGUGGCAGCCUCAAGUGGAGUCAGCGAUUCAGGAUUUGUGCGACGAGGUUGGCGAACUUCGUCAGCAACUGGAUUUCCUUGGCAAAUCGAUGCAAGCUUCGCCGACGACGCUUUCCCCUCGGGUUCCGUUGACGGAUGAGGAAAGGAAGGCGCCGUUGCUGCCUACGCCGCCGACAUCUUCGCAUCAAGUCGCGGCGGAAGGCGGAAGCAAUUGGGCCCAUGGCCACGGCGCUCAACAGAAUUUCCGGAGGAGGGCAUCUGGAGUGGUGACCACUCUGAUCCCAACUCUAGACAAGGCUACGUUUGAAUCUCAUUCAGUUCCUUUGCACUCGUUGGAGAAUUUCAAAUCUGAUUCGGAGGUUGGGGAGUUUGGUUUUGAACAAGGCGGUAGACAGUAUAAUCAUAGAGUUCCUAAACUAGAUUUCCCUAAAUUCUAUGGCACGGACCCCCAGGAUUGGAGGAUGAGGUGUGAGCACUAUUUUGAUGUGAACAAUACUUUUCCAGGGUUGUGGGUUCAUGUAGCCACCAUCUAUUUCUAUGGUAGAGCAGCAUCCUGGUUGCGUUCGUCUAGGGCUCAUGUGCGGUUUCCUGUUUGGGAUGAUUUUUGCAUAGCAGUUUCCACUAAGUUUGAUAGGGAUCAGCAUGACAUGUUAAUUAUACAAAUGGAUACAAUUCGACAGUCGGGAACAGUUUGGGAAUACUAUGAGAAAUUUGACGAGUUGAUGAACCAAUUGCUGGCCUAUGAUCCUGUCAUUAGCAAAAAGUAUCUGGUGCAUCGCUUUACUGAAGGAUUGCGCCGAGAGAUUAGAAAUGCAGUAUUGUUACAACAUCCCCGCGAUUUGGAAUCUACUCUGGCUAUUGCGUCUUUGCAAGAGGAAGUGCUGGAAGCUCCACCGGAGUCUGGAGUGAAGGACUCUAAAGGAGGAAUGCACAUUCGCUCUAAUUCAGCAUUAAAAGGGGCUUUGCCACUACCUCUACCACCAGGCAAAGGAGUUCUAUCUGCAGUUGGAAAGGUUGAUGACAAAAAAAGGGAAUUGAUGGUGGUCAACCAAUUUGGGUUACACGCAGUUCAGGAAUUAUUCUCUGUUUUGGAUGCAAUUGGAGAGAGUUCUUUUUCUGAAUCUGCUGAAUUGAUUACGUCUGAAGAACAAGUAGUAAUGGUUGUACCAGUUCACGCAAUACAAGGGGCAGAACAUGUGGGUUCAAUGAGGAUUUUGGGUUAUAUCCAAGGUAAGGAGGUGCUGAUACUGGUGGAUUUAGGCAGCACAGCUAGUUUUCUCAGUUCCAAGGUAGCAGAUCAGCUGUCAGGAGUGCAGUUAAUUCCUACUAUAGCACAGGUAAAGGUGGCCAAUGGAGCUGUUUUGUCUUGUACAGCUGAGUUACCUGAUUGUGUUUGGACGACUCAAGGGCAUGUGUUUUACACCACCUUUAAGAUUAUGGCCUUAACUAAUUAUGAUGCAAUUCUUGGAAUGGAUUGGUUAAUGCAGUGCAGCCCAAUGUCAGUGGAUUGGGUACAAAAGUCCUUGGUUAUCUGCUGGCAGGGAAAAUCUGUCACUCUUCAAGGAAUUGUGCCAGAAUUGCAACAGUGUCAAAUGAUAUCCACUCAACAACUAAAAGAGUUCAGUGACAAGAGAGCAGUUGCUCAUUUUGUUCAGUUAUGUUCUUUGGAGGACAGAGGAUCUUCAGAACAAAUUCCUGUCAAGAUUCAACACGUUCUUCAAGAAUUUGUUUCUGUCUUUGAUGAACCAAUGGGUUUACCUCCAGCUCGAUCUUUUGAUCAUACAAUCCCUCUUGUCCCUGGUGCAGUGCCUGUUAAUGUGCGCCCUUAUCGGUAUACACCGGCUCAAAAGAACGAGAUUGAACAGCAAGUUCAGGAAAUGUUGGACAAGGGUAUAAUUCAACCUAGUUCCAGCCCAUUUUCUUCUCCUGUGCUAUUGGUUAAGAAAAAAUAUGGGACAUGGCGGUUUUGUGUGGACUACCGCCAUCUAAAUGAUAUCACUGCGAAGAAUAAGCACCCAUUGCCAAUUAUAGAUGAGCUGUUGGAUGAGUUGUCGGGGGCACAGUGGUUCACUAAACUUGAUCUCAGGGCGGGCUACCAUCAGAUUCGUAUGAAGAUGUCGGAUGAGCAUAAAACAGCCUUCAAAACACAUAGUAGCCACUAUGAGUUUCGUGUGAUACCUUUCGGCUUGACCAAUGCACCUGCCACCUUUCAGGGUGUGAUGAACAGCAUCUUAUCUCCUUUACUUCGCAGAUGUGUGCUGGUACUUGUCGAUGACAUACUCAUUUACAGUGCAACUUUGGAAGAUCAUGUGAACCACCUGCGACAAGUGCUCCAAAUUCUGGUCAAGCAUCAGCUCAAGGUAAAACAGAGGUAUUAUUGCACAUUUGUUCGUCACUAUGGCAUCUUAAGUAAACCACUUACUAAUCUGCUGCAAAAGGGUCAGUUGUGCAUUUGGACAUCUGAAACAGAGGCAGCCUUUCAAGCAUUAAAACAAGCUUUGAUUACUGCUCCCGUCUUGGCCAUGCCAAAUUUUUCUGAACCAUUUAUUGUCGAGACGGAUGCUUCCGAUAAAGGCAUUGGUGCUGUUCUUAUGCAACAAAAGCAUCCAGUUGCUUUUCUCAGUAAGUCUCUUGGGCCUCGCCAUCAGGGCUUGUCAACAUAUGAAAAGGAGAGCUUGGCCAUUAUGCUGGCUGUUGAACAUUGGCGCCCUUAUCUCCAACAUGCUGAAUUUUUCAUUCGGACUAACCAUCGAAGUCUAUCUUUUCUGGAUGAUCAGCGUCUGACCACUCCCUGGCAACACAAGGCUCUCACUAAACUACUGGGAUUGCAGUACAAAAUCAUUUAUAAGAAGGGCACUGAUAAUGGUGCAGCAGAUGCUCUGUCUAGGUAUCCUUCUUCUGCCACUUUAGAAUUGUCUGCCUUGUCUGUUGCUUUGCCUGAUUGGAUUCAGGAGGUGGUGUCUGGUUACUCGCUUGAUCCUGAUGCUUGUAGCAAGGUUCAGACCCUAUGCAUCAGUGUUGGUGCUGUUUUGGAGCGGGUGGGGGAAGUGGCCUAUCGCUUGGCGUUACCCUCCUCCAGCCUUAUUCAUCCAGUGGUGCACGUAUCACAAUUGAAGCAAGCUUUGGCACCAAGUGAAACAGCGUCGCCCAGGCUUCCUGUUCUUCGUCCGAAACCAGAGGCAUCUCCGGUACCACUUCAAGUUAUGGAUCGUCGAUUUGUACGCAAAGGAUCCAAGAUGGUGGAACAAGUGUUGAUCAAGUGGUCUGGCGGUGAACCUGCCACCGUCACCUGGGAGAAUGAGCAGGAGCUACGUCGUCGCUUUCCAACUACAACAACUUGGGGACAAGUUGCCACUCAAGGGGGAGGGGAUGUCACGGCGGCAUCUGAGCAGGGCAUUCAAACUGAGACGUCAACAGCGGCCCAACAGCAAGAUCGACCCAAAAGGAUGUAG